AUGGCACAAAACUUGUCGCCGUAUAAACUUCAACCCCCAAAAAACUUGUCCGCUUUACACAAAACAAGUGUCGAGCUUGGAUAUCCCGAUUUCUAUCCUCCAAAGCCUGGUCAAGAUGAAGACUUAAUGACAGAGCAGCAUGUACAGCAAGGUUUUUCUGGCGCACUCUUUGUAGAUGCAGAGUCUUUCUCAGCACAGGAUAUGAUUCUGGAUGAGAUAAGAGAUCCAAAAGGUCUUGGAAAUCUCGGCGAGUUCAUGACUGACAUAAUGAAACGUAAACAUGAGAUUAACACUUUUGAAGAAUCUUCUCCAUACACCGUGCCACAAAUAGUAUGGGUGCCUGUCGAAGAUAGAGAUGAAUGGUUAAGGCGACUGGCCGGUAAUAGUCCGCUUAAAGAAUUGGCAGAGAAUGUUCCGAGAGUUGUCGAAGGUACUCAUCUACUAGAACUUGUUACUCAACAUAGAGUACCUCUCGCACGGGCUACUUGGUUUACCAAAAUAGUAGGGAUUAAUUUGAUUAAUUCAAGAACGGGGCAUCAAGAAACGUCACAUAAUGCUACGCAAGAAUACACAAAAAAUUGGAAUUCGACAUUUCACACCUUCAUCAAAAACCAGAGUCGUGAAUAUGAUCCCGAUAAUAUAUUACUAGCCAAAUGGCAGUUUGAUGAUGGAUUGCUUGAUCAACGGAUUCUUAGAUCGACGCUCGAAAAUCUAGAUCAAGCAGAUCAUUUAAACACUGUUAUUUGGUUAUGGUUUGUUCAACAAUUUUUGGAGGAAUUCCAACACAUUGUCUGUGAAUGUGAAGUAAUUACAAUUGCUGGUAACACCUUAGAUACGCCAAAACCCAAAGCUCGAUAUUGUCGUCAAGAUGUUGAAGAAUAUGCUACAUCCACUCCUGAUAUGUUUGUGUUUCCUGUUUGUUGGAACACAUACAAAGACCUCCUAAGAUGUGUUUUUGUUGAAGACAAUUCAUUGAAAACCGAUACUGUUAUACCAAAGAAUACGAAACGGCAAAUGGAAAGAUAUUACGAAUUGAUACGUGCUAGAAAUGAGGUAUUUGAUAAAGAAAAACCUGAUAUGAUAGGGAAGAGGAAUGCACAAGAGUUGCAACAAUCUCGGAUAAUUGAGAUUCUAGAUAAAGUUGGUUUCCAUACUGACUACCAAAAAAUUGCAGCUGAAUACUUCCGUAUAGAUAGUAAAUUUCCAAUGCUAGAAAGAGAAGUAUCAACACAUAUUUACUGGUUGUGCUAUUGGGCUGUGACUAAAUAUCGUGCUGGAGAUUAUCGUGUUUACUCUGUAAGUACUAUACUCGAUAUAUGGAAGAGCUCUGUGACAAAUGCAGAGGAAAGGCUGCAACGUCAGACUACAAUUCAAAACUCUUUAAUGGAUUUUUUGGAUAUUUAUCCUCUUGGUUGUAAUGGCAUAUGCGAAGAAGACGUUGCAGGACUAUUUGGUGAACUUAUCCGCAAUGGGCAUUUCUCUCAUCAACGUUAUUUGCAACGUUUGGUCGCAAGGGGGGACGUGCUACAUGAGAGAAGGGUAACAGAGGAUACUAGCGAUGAAAAGGAAUAUGAAUCUAUGGUCAUGAUGAUAAAAGAUAAACUUCCAUAUUUGUUUUCGAGAACAGAGAAGCUAGAUAGUCCAACGGUAGAUAAUCCGGUCUCUGAUAUGCAUUUGGCACUAAAUUUCCAUAGUGAGACAACGGAAUUUAUGCAAAAUGUAACGAAAUUUUGCCAAAUAAAAGUAAUACAAACGUGGCUUCUCCCGCAAGUGAAAACAUUUGUACAAAAUACCCCUAUUGGUCCACAUAAUUGGCAUAAUCCGACUCAACCUGGGUCAUCAUUACUAAAUGCGCGUCAACUUUCAACAAUAGUCAAAGUCAUUGAACUAGCAAAAGAUUAUAACUCAUUACUGGAUCUUCUGCUAUGGGUUCUUGAAAACUCGACGGAAAAAUGUCUAUUUCAAUCGAUCAUUGAUACAUUAAAACGGCACGAAGUCGUCUGGGAUGCUAUGGGUAAAUCGGAACAAGUGCUUGAUGCGCUUAUGAAAAAGAACGACCAAUUGCGUGACAUGAGACAGACAGAAACAUGCAUAGUGAAAUACUUAAUAAAUUUUACACAUGACUAUGUGAAUGCUAAAAAAGGAAAGUUGGAGCAAGACCUGCAAUCACAAAUGAAGUCACAAUUAUCACAGGCAGUAUCACAUCAUUAUACCCGUUUUGAAGGAUAUAAUAGCAUGAAACAAUUCCUAAGUCGUGUCAGAGCUUCGAACAUAGAGUCACGUUUGUUUCAGUCAGAUGGCGAUGGAAUAUAUAAAAUUUUUGAAUCAUACAUAAACAUUAUAAUUCAGUAUUCUCAUAAUUAUGCAGAUGAAAAUUACACGGAGGGUAGGAUUGUUAUUGGGAUUUUUGGUGAUCUGCUCGUAGAUAUUUGUGAUAGAACGACAGAUGAGCUUGAUUUCGUUUUCGAAAAGUGGAUUAAAUGCCUCUCUCAUGUAGAUGAGGAUAAUAUUUUCGGGAAUGAAAAUAUUCUUUUACUAUAUUUUUUCGUGAUGCUCGUUGUUCGACAUUUGGUUUGCAUGAAAAUAAUAAUAGAGCAUCUCUGCGAUAAAAACCUAAAGAUAUUAGUGGAAAAAUUGUCGAAUCAAAGACAAAUGGAUCCAAAGGAAGUUAUCGAAUGCAAGAAUUUGGUGAAACUAUUGAGGCUAUUACUUCUACAAGAUGGUGACAACCUUUCUAUCCAAUUGCCGUUGUGCACGACGGAAAUUCAAGUACUAAAGUCUCAUUGCGAAACGUUAUCCCACCAUAACGAUUUUAUUGUAAUUGCCUCUACCAUUUUCCAAAAACUUGCCAUUAUCGAAUGUUUGAUCGACUCUAAAGACCAACUUAUAGAUGUUCUCAUACAAUUAAGAAUCGAUUUUUCUAAGAUUGAGUGGUUCAGACAAUUAUGCGUAAUUAACAGUGAAACCGUUUACGACCGGUUUGUUAAGGGAAAGAGGUUAUUGAGCAAUAAGGAAGUAGAAAAGCGGAUUCUUAAUAUUGUCCAAACAGCACUCGGCGACGAUGUUGCAAAAUCUUCUCAAACGGCUUCCGUUUAUAUUAAAUAUCUGAGGACUAUUCUCUCUCAAAUAAGUUUAUGGAAUAUACAGAAAAAUCGGAUAGAAUUUUGGUUAUGUAUGGAUCAAAUUAUGUUAAUUGAUUCUACUAUCCCUCGUUCGUCAUCAACGUCCACGAUUAAAGAUGAAGAUGACAUAAUAGCCAACUUUGGCGAGUUCCCAAAAAAUGAGAGUUUAAAAAACGCAGUCAUUGAUUGGCUCUGGGAAGAAUUGAUAUUAAAAGGGGAAAUCGAUUGUGGCUUUUUGAGUAACAUGAUUAAAGGGAUAAUGGAGGAUGUUAGUAUUGAGUUAUUUGAGAAAGGGCUUUGUAUAUUAAAAAAAUGUACAGAAUUGAUUUCUGACAUAGAAGAAAUCUUUAGAUCACUGUUGCUUACACUUAGCGUCGAUAAGAAGAUAAACUUUUGUGAUGCCUUGUUAAGUCAAAUUAAGAAAAUCCAAGAUGAUUUUCCCUAUGACUCCAGUUCUAUAAAAUUUGGAUUUGAAAGUCAUGACAAUGUUUAUGUGUCUAGCAUAAUUUCUCGUGUCAAAUUACUGGUUCUUGGAGCGCAUGUAUUGACAAGUCGCGUAACAGAGGUUAUUACGCAAACUAAUCCGGCGAUCGUGCGCCAAAUUCCGGAAUAUGCUCUAAUAGAGAAAUUGUUUGUGACAUUGGUGAAUUUAUUAUGUGAUCCGCGUAUUCAUCAGAAUGGUGGUGGUUUUGCACAUUUUGAUCUAAUACUAGAUCUUGUAUCGUUCUUGCUAGAUGAGAUGGGAAAAAACGCGCGCGCUGUCAUUGUAGCAGAAUUAAAGAACCACAAAAUUGACAAUAUUAUCCCAGCCAUAUGGAGUAACAGGAUAAAACGUGUACUUCCUCUUAUUUUCGUUCAAGAAACAAUAGGGGAAGGCGAAAAGAAACACAAAAUAGAUCCUUGGAAAAUGAUUGAAGGAUUGGGCGAAGAUGAUGACCUUACUAGUUCACCUAAUGACUUAUCAUGGUAUAAUUCGAAAGUUUAUCCGCGUCCUAAUAAGAGAUUAAAAAGAGUCAAUGUGAAUAAUAGUAAUAGUACUAUAAUUUAA